AUGGCAAAUUUCGUAAUGUUCUUAAAUUUUCUUCUUUCUUUAACUGUCUUCCACACUUUUCAGUCAGUUCAGUCUCAUUUUUCUCUCUAUAAUGAUAACAACAUUUUCAAUGUUCUUAAUUAUGGAGCAAUUGGAGAUGGAUUUUCUGACGAUUCAAAGGCUUUCAAAGAUGCAUGGGAAGACACAUGCAAUUACAUUGGAUCUGAAUCAAUUAUGGAAAUUCCUGAAGGAAACACAUUUCUUCUGCAACCUAUUGAGUUUCAUGGCCCUUGUAAAUCCAAGAAAAUCAUUUUAUCGAUCAGUGGAAACUUAAUUGCUCCCGAAUCUCCAUAUGAAUGGAAAUGCAACAAAGAUGAUUGUCAUCAGUGGAUCGAAUUCGCACAUAUAAAUGGACUUUAUAUCGAUGGUCAUGGCUUGAUGGCAUGUCUCAAGAGACCAAGGGGUGUGGUUAUAUCACAUUCGAGUAAUGUGCAUAUAAGCAACAUUAUGGUGAAGGACAGUCCAAAUUUUCAAAUGUCGUUGGAAGAUUCGAAAUGGGUUAUUGUUAAGCAACUCACCAUAACCGCUGAUGGUGAUAGCCCUAACACUGAUGGCAUUCACAUUCAACGUUCUCAGAAUGUUAUCGUAUACGAUAGUAACAUUCGUACAGGUGAUGAUUGUAUAUCUAUUGGUGAUGGUUCGAAAUACAUUAAUAUAUCACGGAUCUCAUGUGGUCCAGGGCAUGGAAUAAGUAUCGGAAGCUUAGGUCGAUAUGGAACCAAGGAAACGGUCGAAAAUGUUGUUGUUCGAGAUUGUACUUUUAGAGAAACAACUAAUGGGGUUAGAAUCAAGACAUGGCAGACGAAAGCUGUGGAGAUCAAGAAUGUAAUGUUCAACCACAUACAUGGAACAUCAAUCAAGAAACCCUUUGUGCAACUCCUAUGCAGCAAAUCAGUCCCAUGUAGAGAUAUAUUCAUGAACGAUAUUAACAUUCACGACGAAAACGAAGAGGAAGAAAAGAAAUAUCAUAAAUCAUUGUCUCGCCACGAUGAUCAUCCUUCUGCUGAAUGCAUCAAUGUUAAAGGUGAAUCUAAUGGUGUAAUGAAGCCAAAACUAGCUUGCUUGGAAUCCAAAAGACAUUGA